CACGCAAACAUUGCCGCGUCAUUGAAUUUUCCCAAACAGAAUGUCGCGCUGUCGCACAAACCGCCGCGUGUCGCGAGUCCUCGUGACCCGCGGCGUCGACACGAUGGUGCGUUCGGUGGCGGCGGCUUUUGUCCGGAGUUUCCACGCGCGCGGCUCGUUCGCCGUGUUUUGGUUCAGGGGUUCAUGGGCGGAAGAAUGAGGAAGUGACUGCGCCGUGACGGCUGCGCGGAGAGCCAGGAGGCGAGUCGGUGCGCGGCGGCGGGGGACAACGACUCUGCGCCCACUUUUGCUCGUAACGUGUUGACAUUACAACUCCGGUGAUAUCAGUCGAGCCCACCUGACACACGCCGGCGACGCAUCCGGUUCCCAGACGACGUGCCGGGCUGCAGCCGAUCACAUGCCGAGUGUUCGUAGCUGCAGCACACAGCAAGCUAUGAAUUUCUCUGAGCAUGGGGAAGUUUCAGAUGAAGCAAUGCUCGAGAAAGAACACAAGCAUGUCCAGGACAUUAAGGAGGAGGCGGAGGACUAUGCUAUUUGUGAGCAACCGGAAGGCCUUGGGGGGGGAUCUCAUGGGGCGUCUGAGGCUGGUAAACGGACAUCAGCAGAGAUGGGUCCUGAUACAGACCAGUCCACCAGCAGCAAGAGAGCCAGAGUCUCUGUUGAGAUGAGGAGGCACUUGAUAGAUGUGAGCAGCAGACACGAGCCUCUUUGCCUCACCACAACUGGGGAGAAGAGGGACCAGGGGAAAUCCAGAGUUUCCUACAGAAAGCCUCUGUUCAGCAUCUCCCACAGGAUCUCCGAGAAGAGGAACACGCCGAGUCUUGAGCAGCAGGCCAGUCAUGGUGCGGCAAAUCAGCUCAACUGCAGUAGCAUCCUCUCGUCCAAGCUCCAAAAUCCAGAGGAAAAUGGCCAACUGGAGACCCUCCCCACCACAGACGGUUUAGGCCAAGCUUCGACAACAAACUCAAGCCUUUAUCCACUGAUUGAGAAAAUGUUUUUCAUUCUCAAUACCCUUAAUUCAAGCAUGACACAGCUUCACAGCAAAGUGGACUUGUUAACCCUCGAAGUCAUGCGCAUAAAAAAGCAGAUCAAACCGGCCGAGAUGGUGACAGAGUUCCAGCCUCCUCCUGAAUAUCUCCUAACAAGUGAGGAAUUGAAUCAGCUGAUGGAGCAGACAUCCGGUGCGGGGGAGCUCGGGUGUCGGCUGCUGGUGCAUCUCUUCCCGGAGCUGUUCAAAGCGAGGGAGUGCUCACAUGAUUGCAUGGCGAGCAAGAGAACGCUGGAGUCUCUGCAUCUGCAGCUGAUCCGCAACUACGUUGAGGUUUGCUACCCUUCGGUUAAGAACAACAGUGUCUGGCAGGACGAGUGUCUCCUCCAGAUUAAUGACUUCUUUAAUCGCUUCUGGGCGCAGAGGGACAUGGAGAGCGCUCGGCUGCUCAGGAAGCAGACACUCACAGGUGCUGGCAUUAAAGCUGAGCAUCCCCAAACCUACCGGUUCAUUAAUGAGCAGGGUCAGGAGGAACACAUCGCUCUCGAUAACCAGCAAAGCAACCUGGCCGAGUCAGACCUUGCGUUUGAUACGCAAGCCACAGAGGAGCUAGACGAGUUCUCUUCCCCGGAGGACUUAAUUAUUUUUCUUAUGCACCGUCUUUUCCCCAAGGUGUUUGAAGAGGGGAAAAUGCCAGAGGGCUCCAGCAGUUUCAGUAGAGUGGGGCAGCUUAUUCUGGAUUCUGACAAGAUGGAAAUAAUCAGAAAGUAUAUGGAGGCAAAUUUCCCUGAUGUGCCCGAGGACAGCUGGCUCCAGGUCUGCAUUCAGCAUAUGGAGGAUGCUCUCGAGGGUCCUCACAGCAAUGGCAAUGGGAGCGAACCCGACAAUCUCAACGAUGAGGGCUAUGAUCUAGCCAGCCUAUCAGAAGACAUUUCCAUUAUUAAAGUUCCAGAGGCUGCUGAUUACGAAAGGCCCAGUCGUAAAUCCAAAAAGUCACUGCUGACCCCCAUGGAUUUUGAUAAUCUUGAGAUUCCUCUUCCAGACUUCACUGUCCCUCAGGAGUACCUCUUGUCCAGGGAGCAGCUGAAGAACAACUAUGAAUGUAGCUUGUCAAUUGGGAACUUUGCCUCUCGGCUGUUGGUGCAUAUGUUCCCCGAGCUCUUCACCCACGAGAACAUAAGGAAGCAGUACAACUGCAGUGGUUCACUUGGGAAGAAGCAGCUCGACCCGGUUCGUGUAAACCUGAUCCGUCAUUAUGUGCAGUUGGUCUAUGCUCGGGCCAAGAACGACAGAGUAUGGAUGUUAGAAUUUGUGGGAAAACUCGAUGAGAGGUGUAGGAGGCGCGACACAGAGCAGAGGAGAUCCUACCUGCAGCAACGCAAAGUGUACGGCCAAGAGUCCGAGCAGGACUUUCUUUGCCAGCUGAACCAGUUCAAUCCAGAUGUUAGAGAAGAUCCAGAUGUUCCCUCCUUACCUCCUGAGAAAAGCAGCAAAGACUUUUGCAAAAUUCCCCUGGAUGAACUGACAGUAUCCAAACCUGACUUCCCUGUACCAUCAGCUUUCCUGCUCUCUGACGCUGAGGUACGGGAAAUCGUCCAGCAGAGUCUCUCUGUUGGGAACUUUGCUGCCCGUCUGCUUGUGCGUCUCUUCCCCGAACUCUUCACCCAGGAGAACCUGCGGCUGCAGUAUAACCAUUCGGGGGCCUGCAACAAGAAGCAGCUUGAUCCCACGCGCCUCAGAUUGAUCCGUCACUACGUGGAAGCGGUGUAUCCUGUGGAUAAGAUGGAGGAGGUGUGGCACUAUGAAUGUGUGCCGAGCAUUGACGAACGCUGCCGGCGCCCUAAUCGCAAGAAGUGUGACAUUCUUAAGAAGGCCAAGAGGUCAAGCAUAGUGUCCUAGUUACAGUUCUUUGCAGUUAGGCAACACUUUUUGUCAUGAAAAAUAUUUGCACAGUAUAUAAGCUGAAGCCGCAUUGUGGAACUUUCACAACCUGUCCUAUGUAGGAUGAAGCCAAGCUGUUAUGAGUUUCCUCAGUACUAUUCUUUAUCAUAUUUUACUUUUGGACUACGGCAAUAGAUGUUGUAGUUAAUGUAGUCUUAUUAAUGUUGGCUAAAGAGUAAAAACUGCUUCUAUUUAUGAGCCAAAACUGUCAUAGCUUAUCUAACAUACUUUGUUGAUAAAUGUUGUAGCCUUAAAAACAAUAACAACGAUAGUAGCUGAUAGCAUCAACCACACAUUCGCUCUAGGGAUAGAAAUUAUUCACAAUGAUGAGAUGUAGAGACAGGUGAGAAGUUAAAGGAAGAAUCUGAAUAAGUGAGUGGAGAAACGUAACAAACGGCGAUGUCUCCAAGCUGGGCACGAGUGCUCACCAAACGGUUUGAACAUGAAGUGAAUCAUAUAUUGUGGCCUUUGCAGUCUUCAAAUUCCUAAAACGCCAUCUGAGAGAAUAUGUUUUGGGAGAGAUGUUGCAUCCCUCCAGUCGAGUCCAGACAUUUGGUGGAUCAAUGCUAAGGAGCGCUGAAGCUGUUCUGGUCACACAUGGUGGCCCAACACCUCACCGAGACACUGCUGGCCUUUCCUUUAAUUCAUCACCUUGAAGGUAUUUCCAUUACAGUUACUGAUGUAGCAUUGUGCCACCACCAUUUUAAUAACAAUGUGCUUAUGUUAAGCCUUCUUAUAGAAGUUUAUAUUAUUAAGACAAUUUAACAUGACAAUUGAUCAUGAUAACCUCUUUCUAAUAAAAGCCUAGUUAUAAAUAUGA